CGCGCAGCCAUCUUUUUGCGGGAGGAGGUAAAAAACAUAAAGCUGUAACAAUUUGUCAAGGAAGGACGGGAAGGGUAGCUCUGUUUUUUUCUUAUAUUAAUUUCUAUUACUUUGCAACUAUGUCCGAGAAUAUUGAAGGAGCAAGGACUACUGAUGAGACUUCGACUGAGGAACAACAGGAAAUGGACGAUAAGGUGAUCAGUCCAGAGAAGAUGGAGGAGGCUAAGCUGAAGGCCCGGUACCCCAACCUCGGAGCCAAACCCGGGGGCUCUGACCUCCUCAGGAAACGACUUCAGAAGGGGCAAAAGUACUUUGACUCGGGUGACUACAACAUGGCCAAGGCCAAGAUGAAGAACAAACAGCUACCUGCAGCCAUGGCGGAGAAGACGGAGAUCACCGGAGACCACAUCCCCACCCCUCAGGACCUGCCUCAGAGGAAACCCUCUCUAGUGGCCAGUAAACUGGCUGGUUGAUGGCAGCCUUAAACGGUGCUGCUUAGUUCUCCGUUCUGUUCUUUCAUCUCCCCAACUUUAUCUUUGUCCUCUUUCGUGUUAGCUUUCAUUCCUUUCCUCAUUUCACUUCCAUUGAAAGGAACAUUUUGAGAAGUGGGCAGAGUGCAGUGAAGUAGUGCUGCUAAAGAACAACUCCAGUGGCGUCUGUCAGCUAGCGACAGAAACAGUCGAAAGCUAUCAGUCUGCUCAAAUGUUAACUGUACUGUAGUAAUAUUAAUUGGAAGUGUACAUAGCUCCUUGUGUGGAAGUUACGGGAGGAAUGAAUUUUAGAAUAUUUUACAUUUUACUGUACCAUUCCUUAUGUCCUCAUAAAUUAUGAAGUAAUGUGCUCGAAUGGUUUAAUAUAACCCCCAAUAUUGUCAAUUGACUCUUUCUAGUCACGGCCAUGUUCUUUGUUUUAUAUACUUUAAAUAUAGGUCAGAAAAUAAAAGAAUGGACCACACGGCUAUUGCUUGAGGACCAUAUUAUAAAGAGCAUGUGUGACCCUAGAUUCUAAAAAAGGCUGCUGUUUGUUUGCUCCAAUCUUCAAUUACAAAAUGGCCUUAAACCCUCAGUCAGCAUUAUCACUCACAGAUUCUCUUGGGAAAUACAUCCGUUUGUGGGAACAUCCAAGUUAACCUAGUUAGGAGUGUGCUGAAAAUGGAUCUGAAACCAGUCUCCUUUGGAUUUUGUGGUUGGGUAACUCACUAAAUGAAAUGUUUGAAGUAUGCAUGUGCAUUGACUGUGCAGUCACUUUUUGUGCCAUUUUUGUAAAUAAAAUAGUUUUGCACUAA